GCUUUGAUAUCCUCUCUGUGCAGCUUGUAGUUUAGAGUAGAGUUAGAUGCAGCUUUAACAAGCAGUUUCAACUUUCUUUAAAAUCCCUGCAAACUAAUUCAACUAGGGCGACACAUGGUUCUCUGGAAGAACUGUUGAUUCAGGUUAUUUUAUUUAUCUUUCAAAUUAUUAUGGAUAAAGCUCCAGCAGUGCAGAAAAAAAGGAGAAAGGACUUCAUUCCUUACUUUUUGGGCUUUGUGCUUUUUUUGUAUGCAUGUGUUCAUCUUGUGUCGCUCACAGCAAAAACUGCUGAGGAGAACCACUCUGUCAGGGUGCGCCGGGCCGUUGAGAACGAAACAGAAUGCAUCGCACCACAAGCCUCCGAGUUUCCCGAAGGCUUCUUCACGGUGCGGGAGAGGAAAGAUGGAGGCCUGGUCAUAUAUUUCAUGCUCAUAUUCUACAUGCUUUUGGCUGUCUCCAUAGUCUGCGAUGAUUACUUUCUGCCAUCUCUAGAAGUAAUAAGUGAACGUCUGGGACUUUCUCAGGAUGUGGCAGGAGCCACGUUCAUGGCAGCAGGGAGUUCUGCACCUGAACUGGUCACAGCUUUUCUUGGGGUGUUUGUGACCAAGGGAGACAUUGGAAUCAGCACCAUUGUGGGAUCUGCCGUGUACAAUCUACUCGGAAUCUGUGCAGCCUGUGGACUUUUGGCCUCUAUGGCAGGACGACUCACCUGCUGGCCCCUGUUCAGAGACUGCCUGGCAUACGGAAUCAGUGUUGCCGCUGUUAUUGGGAUCAUUUCCGAUAACAAAGUGUUCUGGUACGAGGCAGCCUGUCUACUGCUGGUCUACGGGGUCUACAUCGUGGUUCUGUGCUUUGACCUCCGCAUCAGCGAGUUUGUCCUGAGGAAGCUGAGCCCGUGCUGCACCUGUCUGGGUUCAGGUUCUGCUGAGAAGCGUGAGACGCAGCCCCUGAUGGGCUGGAACGAUACCAGCCUGCGAGUCCGUGGUCGCUCCAGAACAGACAGCGGCAUCUUUCAAGACGACUCGGGGUACUCUCACCUGUCGCUCAGCCUACAUGGUCUCAAUGAGAUUACUGAAGAGCAAAGAAGCGUCUUUGCUGUACCGGAGAGUGACGUGAAAAGGAUCUUGUGGGUUCUGUCUCUGCCUGUCAUCAUUCUGCUCUUCAUCACCAUCCCCGACUGCAGGAGACGCUUCUGGAAACAAUGGUUCAUGAUAACCUUCUUCAUGUCAGCAGUCUGGAUCUCUGCUUUCACAUACGUGCUGGUCUGGAUGGUCACAGUUGUAGGUGAAACCCUUGACAUACCCGACACAGUGAUGGGACUCACUUUACUCGCUGCUGGAACCAGUAUACCAGACACAGUUGCCAGUGUGAUGGUGGCUAGAGAAGGGAAAGCUGACAUGGCCAUGUCCAACAUCGUGGGCUCCAAUGUUUUUGACAUGCUGUGCCUGGGCCUGCCUUGGUUUAUCAAGACUGCCUUUGUGGACACCAACACCCCAGUAGAGGUCAACAGCACUGGCCUGAUCUUCAUUUCAGCCACGCUACUUCUCUCCAUCGUCUUCCUUUUUGUAGCGGUGCACAUCAACGGAUGGAGGCUGGACUGGAAGUUGGGAAUUGUCAGUCUUAUUUGCUACAUCCUCUUUGCUACUCUGUCCAUUUUAUACGAGAUGGGGAUUAUUGGGAAUAAUCCCAUACGGCUGUGCAGUGACUGAGGCCUGACCUUUUUAGGACUGAAGACAUUUUCUGAGGCCAACGGCCCCCAGCACCCACCAAAAAUGUUAAGCUGUCGAGAUCAACAAAUGUCAAAGAGCAAAGCCACCAGUUACAAAACUACCACACAAGCGGAUGCAUGAUUGGUUACCUCUUUAGAUCUUUACUAUGCAAGAUUUUAACAAAAGUUCAAAUAAACAUGUCCAAAAAUAAACUGAACAUCCUAAGAAGUAUCAGCUUCUUGUGUCGAGUCAGAAAUGCAGCCUGAUAAGGUUUUAUCACCAGGGAGGACAAGCCAUAAAUAGUAAAAAA